AUGUCUACGUUUGAACACCUCGUCGCAGACCUCACCCGCGAUGUUCUGCGUGCUCAGCCGCGCGAUGUCCUCCAAUUCUGCGCGUCGUGGUUCAACUCGCGACUCGAAGAGCAGCGCACACGCAUGCGCGACAUUCUCAGUUCAACUUCGCAUCCAAACAUUGACGUAAACUUGUUCGAAGACGUUGCGCCCCAUGCAAGUGGACCCCCGACAUCUGCGCAGAGCCCUUUGACUGCAAACGCAGCCCCGAGACCGUCGCUGGUGCUCAUGGAUGGAACACCCGUCCUCACCAAUCCCUUCGGCCCACAAAGCCAGCUGCACACCUAUGCGCCCAACCAACACCCUCCCACCACAAACUCGGGCAUUUCCAAGCGACCAUUUGGAUCCGUGCCGUUUGUGACAAUCAGAGAGGACGAAGCACUCUCGCCGCACGCGUUUACAAACCCAUUCGAGUCGUCGCCGUUUGAGAACAAGUCCAACGAGGCACCACCCCCGUCCGAUUCGUUGCUUCCUCCUGGCUUGCUUGGACGACGCGUCUCCGUCUCUGCGGAAUCUAUCAUCCCCAACAGUCACUCCGACACGCCGCUCCCGUUCCAUCCCAAAUCCACCGAACAGAUUGCGCGCAUCAAAGCCGCCAUCAAGGAAAACUUUAUCUUCCGCGACCUCGAGGAGAAGCAGUUGCAGUCUAUCCUAGGUGCAAUGGAGGAAACACACGUCGCCGACGGCGAAGUUGUGAUCCGCCAGGGCGAUCACGGAGACUACUUUUACGUCGUCGAGUCGGGGAGACUCGAAGUGUAUAUUACCUCGGAGACGUUGCCAUUGCAUGUAAGUCCCGAGCAAGCAAAGCAAAAGGGUGGCCUGGCCGGUUAUCAUCCCAUUUUCGGCAAGAAAGUCGCGGAGAAUGGACCCGGUAGUUCGUUUGGUGAACUGGCGCUCAUGUACGGACAUCCACGUGCGGCGACAGUCUUGGCCGUCGAGCCGUCGACCCUGUGGCGUUUGGAUCGGAUGAGCUUCCGCACGAUUAUCCUCAAGGCCGCCCACAAGCGACGGACCAUGUACGAAGAGUUUCUCAGUACGGUCCCACUCUUGUCGAGCCUGUCGCCCGAGGAGCGUAGCAAGAUUGCCGAUGCGCUCAUGAGCUGGACGGUCGAAGAUGGCGAUGCGGUGAUUGAAGAGGGACAAGUCGGAGACAUGUUUUAUUUUGUGGAAGAGGGCGAAGCGAUAGUGACAAAGAAGCAGGAAGAUGGAUCGGAGAAGACGGUCAAUACAUACAAAAAAGGAGACUACUUUGGCGAGUUGGCACUUCUUCGUCUCGAGCCCCGAGCGGCGACAGUUCGUGCCGUUGUUCGCGAGGGAUCAAAUGAGCCCAAGCUCAAAGUGGCUGCACUUGGUGUGGCUGCAUUCACUCGACUUCUUGGUCCGAUCCGGGAUAUCAUGGAACGUAAUGCGGGCGAGGCGUAUGGUGGCCGAUACAACUAG